AUGAGGGCAGCCUCUCGCACAGGCCUCACAUGCCUUCGUCAAGCGAUCCCUCGACUGGAGCCUGCGCUGCAGUUCCAAUGUCGCGUCCAAAUCGCUGCCCAUCGAGCAUACAGCGGCGGACGGCAUGGAGGUAGCAGAAAAGGGUUCUUCCAGUCUCCGCCGAAGAGGCCUGGAUUAAUGCUUGCGGCAGCAGUAAGCUUGAGUCCAGCGGCUUUCGUGGAGCUCUCGGAGAAGGAUAAUGAUGGCACGGAACACACGGCGGAGCAGCGGAUGUUGGAGGCGUCGCGGGCAGAGAUCAAGAAGGAGGUCAAGGAUGACUCUCAUGGUAUUUGGCGUGUGAGGGAUACAAUCAUCGUGUUUUUAGACGUGUAUAUCUGGGAGCCGGUCUGUACUGGCUUACGAUUCCUGCAUUUGGUUGUGAUAUUCGUGCCAGUUAUUGUAACCGUGCCAGCCCUCUGGAUCGGGGCGAGGGACAAGAAGAGGGAUAAUGAGAGGUCCGGUACGCUGUGGUGGUACUGGUUUCUGGUGAAGUCUAUGGAGCGUGCUGGACCUGCUUUCAUUAAGCUGGGGCAAUGGGCAGCGUCUCGAUCAGAUAUCUUUCCGGAGCAGAUGUGCGAAAUAAUGUCUCAAUUACACUCUAAUGCACCCGCACACUCAUUACACGAGACGAAACGAAUUAUACGUAGAGCUUUCGACGGUAGACGGUUCGAGGACAUAUUCGAGGAGUUCAACGAGAAACCUUUAGGAGUUGGGGCUAUUGCACAAGUUUAUAAGGCGAAAUUGAAGCCUGAUCUGGCUGCACCUGGAGACACGGAUUUGGAGGAGGAGCCUCGAAAUCUACGAAAGAAUGUGAGGAAGAAUGUGGAUGUUUUGAUCAAGAGCACACCGCUGAGAGUACCUUCGACAUAUGUAGCUAUCAAAGUCUUGCAUCCUGGGGUGGAGAGAAUGGUUCGGAGAGAUCUAAGGAUCAUGGGCUUUUUUGCUUCCAUGUUGAACGUCGUCCCGACCAUCGAAUGGCUCUCUCUACCCGAUGAGGUUGAGCAAUUUGGAGAGAUGAUGAGAUUGCAACUGGAUCUUCGAAUUGAAGCUGCCAAUCUCACCAUCUUCAGGAAGAACUUCAAGGAGAGGACCACAGCUUGGUUUCCAUAUCCAUACACUGCCUUCACAACCAGACAGGUUCUAGUAGAGGAGUUUGCUCAAGGGAUUCCACUGUCAGACUUCAUGGAGAAUGGUGGCGGGGUGUUCCAACAAGAAAUUGCCGAUGAGGGGCUUGAUGCUUUCUUGAGGAUGCUACUGCUGGAUAACUUUGUCCAUGCAGACCUUCACCCUGGUAAUAUCAUGGUCCGUUUCUACCAGUCGGAACAGCCACGUUUGCCAUUCAGCAAGCACAAAGACGAAGAUCCUCAGGCCCAGCCUGAUGUCACCGAGCAGGUUCUUGCUCGGCUCAGACCCUACAGGCACAAGAAAGACCCCCAAGCCUGGGAGGCAGAGCUCUUGAAGAUUGAUAAUGAGGGGUUCAGACCUCAACUUAUCUUCAUUGAUACAGGACUUGUUACUGAACUCAAUGCCACGAAUCGAAGGAACUUCUUGGACCUGUUCAAAGCAGUGGCUGAGUUUGACGGCUACAAGGCGGGACAUUUGAUGUGCGAGCGUUGCAGACAGCCCGAUGCUGUCAUUGACGAAGAGAUCUUCGCUUUGAAGAUGCAACAUCUAGUUCUAGGAGUCAAAAGCCGCACUCUUGCUCUGGGAAAUAUGAAGAUAGGAGAUAUCUUGAAUGAAGUUCUCGGCAUGGUUCGCAGCCAUCAUGUCCGCAUGGAAGGUGAUUUCGUCAAUGUGGUCAUCAGCAUCCUUCUGCUAGAAGGUAUUGGCAGAAGCUUGAAUCCGGAUAUUGACUUACUCUCUAGCGCUCUGCCUAUCUUAAGACAGCUUGGCGCACAAAGCGGGGGUGGGAUGUUAAGGCAAGGAGAUUUCUCUAUGCUAAAAGUUUGGGCUGGGCUGGAGGCUAGGAAGUUCUUGCAAGCGAGCAUUGAAGAUGUGAGUGUCUCCCCGUUCACUUUCGGACCUUCUUAA